AUGACCAUAAAUUCGGGGAAACCCCAGGUAAAGAAGAUUUUUCAGGAACUUUCGAUUCUUGAUAAAUGUCUUCCUCUAUUCAUAAUUUGUUCUAUCAUUCUAGGUAUUCUCCUCUCCGUGUACGUGCCACAGUCAAGAAAAAUCUUUCAAGGUGCUAGCGUACUUGAUGUUUCCAUCCCGGUGGUUAUAGGGCUAAUCAUAAUGAUGAUCCCACCUUUAUGUAAAGUUGAAUGGGAAACGUUCGGACAAUUACAACAAUACAAGAAAUAUCAGAAGUCAAUAUUAGUUUCAUUGGUGCUUAACUGGUUGGUUUGCCCAUUUCUUAUGUAUGGAUUGGCAUGGUUAACCCUUUUCGAUGAGCCGGAGUUCAGAGUCGGUAUGAUCAUGAUUGGUAUGGCAAGAUGUGUCGCUAUGGUACUUCUUUGGAACGAAAUAGCCGGUGGUGAUAAUUCAUUAUGUGCUAUCUUGGUAAUUAUCAAUAGUUUAUUACAAAUUGUCUUGUAUGCUCCAUACCAGGUCUUAUUCUGUUAUGUUAUGGGAGGUGUUCGUACACAGUCAAAUGUAAGCUAUGAACUAGUGGCUAGGAACGUGGGAUUCUUCCUAGGUAUUCCAUUAGGAUUAGGUUUUUUAUUACGGUUUAGUUUCAUGUAUACCGUGGGUAUCAAAAAAUUUGAAAAAAACAUCUUACCAUUUAUUUCGCCAUGGUCCCUUAUUGGUUUAUUAUAUACAAUCAUUGUCAUCUUUAUUGAAAAAGGUGAUGCUUUUAUAAAAGAAAUAAGAUCGGCAUUUAGAUGCUUCGUGCCAUUGAUCAUUUAUUUUUUAGUGGCUUGGUUCGGUACUUUCUAUCUUUACAGAUGGUGGUCAACUACUAGCUUUGCAUUGAAGCUCAACAACGAAAAUGAUGACGAAAGUGACGAAGAACUUACUGAUUUACUCAAGUGUGGUUGUAAAGAAAAAUCAAUAAAAAAUCCCCAAAAAUGGGUUUUCGGUUGUGCUGCAAAUUAUAAAGAAACCAUUACACAGACUUUUACUGCUGCUUCAAAUAAUUUUGAGUUAAGUUUAGCGGUCGCUAUUUCUAUUUAUGGAACUGACAGUAAACAGGCCAUCGCUGCUACUUUUGGCCCAUUACUAGAAAUCCCCAUUUUAAUCAUUUUGGCUUUUGUAGCUAGACUAUUUAGAUAUAAAUACUUGUGGUCAGACGUAGACGAGGAUGAUAUUGAAUCUUCUGAUGCUUAA